UUCUGAUUUCGACUAACUUCAAAGCCAAUCCUCACCACUUAGCUGCUGCAUAAUCACUUUUCCUUCUUCUUCUUCUUCACCGGAGAUGGCAGACGGAUUUAGCUACGGCGGUUUUGCUGGAGCACCGCACCCGUACUGGCUUUCUCCUAAUCCGCCAGCUUCUACCCCCGCGUUUCUCGCAACCCAUCCUGUCGAGUCCUACGAUCAAACACGAGUAGGGUUUGAUCCGAUGAUUCCUCAUCACCGAUCGCCGUCGUCUGGUGAUUAUACUGGCCCUCCGGUGCCUUUAGUAUCGUUUGUCACUCGACCCGGUCACGGGGGUGAAGAUUCUAGCAAAGACAACAAGGGUGGAUAUUUGAAGCCUCCUUAUAGCUCAGCUACAGUGUCUUCUUUAGCUGACAUGCUUAUCAGAAACUCUCAGGAGCCUUUCUAUGUGCCUAUCCCUCCUUCUGGUGUUUGUGCUACUACCAAUGCUUUUGAUCUCAACCGUCCUGGACCUGGACAUUCCUGUUCUGGUUCUGGUUCUGGCUAUGGUACGCAUGAAAGUGUGUGUCCUCCUCCUCCUGUGGUGCCUUACUUAUGUGUUCCCUCUAUGCUUUUGCCGACCUUCAAAACAGAAGCUUUCUCUGAUGGAAGAUCAUUCGGUCACAAUGUUUCGCCUGAGUAUAUUCAAUCCGGUGCUUCUGUUGAACCCGUGCUUGGUCCUUUGUCGGAGAAUCCAGAUCUUGGCGACGGGACAGUUGGCUCAACUAGUUCAAAGAUUCCCCGGAUGCUACAGUUUGAUUUAAAUUGUGAUGAUCAUGGAUCUUGGAACCACUUCAUGGUAUCUUCUGAGGGAAGUGAGUCAAUGAAAGCCGAUAACAGGAAUGCUGCUCAGUCAGCUGUCAGCUAUGAAACCCUUUCUGAAGCUAGUGCUAAUCAACCUAGUGAAGAUGUUCAAGCCAAGACAUGUAAGCUCUUGGAACAGUUUGAUAACAAGUCCGAGUUGUUGCCAGAUGUUGGUAUCAAAGGGAGUAGUAGAUCGAAUGCAGACGGUGUCUCAACUGGUCAAUCACCUCUAUGUGAUCAAGGAGGUUUCACAUCCCCGGCUUCUUCUACAAGAGUUUCUUCCGUGGUUAGUGCCUUGCAUAAUCUGUCAGAAGUGCUUGUUUAUGAAUGUUUCAACAAUGGAAGCUUACUGAAGCCAGAACAACUUGAGAGUCUUGAUAAAGUAGUAGAGAAUCUCACUAGGUGUUCAAAGAAAAUCACCUGUAACAAGACGUUAGCAGGUGAAGCAUCAGUUCCAACACAAGCUAUGCAUGUUUCCUUACCAAAUGUGGCCGACCUUAACGAGGCCCCAAAUGUAGUUGCUAAAGAGUUUCAAGGGUUUAAUGUCAAGCCACUGGAUAGCUUUGGCUUUAAAAAAUCUGUAGAUAAGGAUGAGAUGACGCAGAGUAUUAAGAACAUACUUGCUUCCAAGUUUCCUGAUGGUGAAGAAAACCACCCACAAACUCUUUUGUACAAGAAUCUCUGGCUUGAAACGGAAGCUGCCUUAUGCUCCACAACUUGCCUGGCUCGGUACCAUCGGAUUCAGAAAGAGACUGUUAAUCUCAAAUUGCAGAAUAGAGAGGUCUCUGCAGAUGCAUCAACCUUCAAGCUGGAACCUUUUCUUAACCCUCAGAAAUCAGUUUCCAUCAUAAACAAGGUAGAGCAGGAGACGGCUGAACCAAUCAUCAAACACGGGAGCAAUUGUGGGAACAAUGUAGUUACAAUGUGGCAUGACGCACCACAAAGCUCUAGAUUCAACUCUGCUCCCGUUGGUGCAGUGCUCUCAGUUAUGUCCAGCAGCUUCACCGGCUGUUUAGAACAGGAAAAUCAUGGAAACUUCAAGCCUGGUGUUCAGAUACCGGACACGAUAAAGCAGGAGUUCCCUGUAUCCACCACAGAGGAAAGCCAUGAUGAUGUUAUAGACAGGUUUCAGAUUCUGAAGCAGCAGGAAACAAAGGGCAAACUCAAGUCUCAGAACUUCCCGGAUCCAGACAUUGGUGUUAUAGACGGGUUUCAGAUUCUGGAGCAGCAGGAAACAAAUGGCAAACUCAAGUCACUUAACUCCUCAGAGACAAGAAUGGAUGACCAGGAAGACAAUCCAGAGGCUUCUGAGAUGGCUACUAUUGGCAGAAGCAGCCAUUUGAGUGAUUUUACGGGUAGAUUCCAGGUACUAAAACGCCGGGAAGCUGAGCAAGUUCAGAAAUCUCUCAACAGCGUGGACUUUGAUUCUGAUUCCGAUUCAGAUUUCGAAUCAGAUUCAGACAGUGACCAGCCAAGAAACAGAACACAAAGGUGUGAUUAUCUCUUGUCAGGCUCGACGAUGACAAUAGGUGGAAACUCACAGAUAGAGACGUGCGCUAAUACUGAACCAUCUGCAUACGACAACGGCUACGAGAGCCCGACCUCGGAUUGGGAACAUGUCCUCAAGGAUGACUGAGUACUGGAACUUUCUUGGACAAGAAGUUUCGAUCCUUUAGUGGCUUUGUUAGUGUAUAAAUAAACAACAUUAAAUGAACUCUUAUUCAUAAUGCGGUUUGCAGUUUUUAUC